GACUCUUUUGUUAGCGUAUUGACAAAUAUAAAGGGUUAUAUAGAUUCGAGCAUUGAAAAGAUCUUGACUAAUCUUCAUAGCCGAGAGAUUAACAUUUUUGUUGCUGUUUAUCUGACAGGAAAAAACAAGACAAAUAAAAGAUCGUUUCACCAAAAUAGAUACAAGGUCUAGCUUUGUAUUCUAAUUGGAGCAUUCUGGCGUAACAAGUAUUAAUAGGAAAGAAGUUUUCUUAUCGCACGGGUGGAAGCUUUCAUUAUUAUUAGCGCGUGAAAACAGUCACAGAUAAGGAAAGAGAGAUAUUACUUGAUUAAUUAUCGCCAAGCUCUUGCAUUUAAAAUUCGCAGCUGCGUUCAAUAAUUCUAUUCUUGUUUGACGAUCGAAAAAAAAUAUCACACAGUUACGCUUUUUGAAUUAAUCGAACCUUUGAGCUUGUGAAGAAUGGAGAAGUAAAAUAUGUUUUCAUUGAAAAAAAUCAAUGUUUCGAAGAACGCGAAAAUUGGAGAGACAAAUUCGACUUUUUAAAUAUCAAAGCUGCUCAAAACAUGAAAACAGAGAUGAUUAAUUUUUCUGUUUCUUUUAUUAAGGGUAAAAAGCUGAAGAAUAAUAAUACGGUAAGAACAACAACAAUUUCUUGAUUUCAGGUAAAAAUAAAACGAGAUCCAAGCGAGACAAACCUUUUCAAUUUCUUUUGUUGACAAUUUUUGAAUGCAUAACAAAUAAAAAUGCUCGGGGAUGGCUGAUUGAAAGACGUUCCUUUAUUAGUUUGGGAAAGAAUUAAUUGUAAUCUCCAGAAAAACAUUAAUAAAUGCGAUGAUUAAUUCCACUGGCGCGUCGAGUUCGAGUCACGUGGUCUUACUUAAUUGGUGAUAAUUAAUUACAAUAAGAAAUCGAAUCUCUUUGGCGGGUAGUGCGCAUGUCGUAAUUGUUGAUUUCAAUGGAAUGCCCCAUCAAAGAUGUGUCAUUCGAUGUUUGAACUCCAACUGGUCGAGUUAUGUCUUCGCAAAUUUUGUCGGCCAAUACGUAUCACUUCCAGGAAAUAGGCUUUUUAUGAAACCCCCGUGAUUAUUAAAAUUAAAUUUCUGUAGAGCGGAACGGUGGAGCAAUGGAAAAGGGGUCAUCUCAACCACAACAGCAGCAGCGUAGCGUUUCGGCCGCCGAUCGAGAUGGACUGCGGACGGACCGUGAGAGCAGGCGGGAACCAUCAUCGCCGCACACAUUCAAGCAGCAUCGCUCGUCGCUGUCGAGCGGUUCCGUGGAGAGCCGGAUGGCGGAACUUGAUGAUAUUCAACGGUCGAUGGAAGUAGAGGAAACGGAGGAGGAAAGCUUUGAAGAGGACAGGUUCAAGUCGAGAGAACAUUACGAUACGGACUCUGAUAGUGUUUCUAGUGGACGUGAGGCCGCACCGUAUCAACAAGGAGCUCGCGUGCAGAAUCAACAGCCCCCUUCCCCGGUGGAAACUUACAUCAACAACAGUGUCAGCGGGAUAGACAGAAUUCCUACUCACGAAUGGACGUUCGAGGAGCAAUUCAAGCAAUUGUAUGAAUUGGGUACUGAACCAGAGAGGAAAGAAUUCCUGGAUGAUUUAUUUUCCUUUAUGCAGAAAAGAGGCACUCCAGUUAACAGAGUUCCUAUAAUGGCAAAACAAACAUUAGAUUUAUUCAAACUGUUCAAGCUGGUCGUUGAAAAAGGAGGACUUGUUGAGGUUAUAAACAAGAAAAUAUGGCGAGAGAUCAUUAAAGGCCUUAGUCUGCCGGCAUCAGUAACAAGUGCGGCGUUUACUCUUCGAACUCAAUACAUGAAAUAUCUUUAUCCUUAUGAAUGCUCAAAGAAGAAACUGUCCUCUCCAGCCGAACUUCAAGCCGCAAUUGACGGAAACCGGCGAGACAGUCGCAGAUCGUUUGGUUCAUUCCUGUCUCAAGCUGUGCCUUCAGAUGGUACACAUGUCUAUAACAGCCCCAGUCCUACAACAACGCCGCCUGCUUUUACAGGAAAUAGCAGCUCUCCUGGAAUCUCUCACCGGUCGAGUCCAGGCCCCUCUGCAUCAAACCAUGAUGUGCACGUGCCUCCGUCAGUCCAUGGCAACAACGGCGUUGCUAUGCUGCAUUCUCCAGGCGUAGUUCAGUACAGCCCAAAACGUUCCUCUAGCGUGACGGAAGUGACGUCACGGGGCGUGUCCUCCUCCCCGUCCGAUACAUCUCCUUGUGGUUCACCAGUCAAGAAAUUUGCUGCUGUGAAUGAGCGAAACAAUAAACCAACACCGACUCAGCUGCCUUGGACACAUAUUAAAAUACAAACUCAGCCUAAAGGUAUGGCUCAGAGCGGUCAGUUCCAGUUUCCCGAUCCAGAAAGAUCACGCGGCCGGGAGCCGCGGCAGUUGCCGCUGACCUUGCUAGACCAAGUGAGCGACAACUCGUUAUUGGUGUCUGUAGAACUUAAUGGCGUCGUGUAUCAAGGAGUUUUGUUUGCGCGGCAAAAUCGACCGGAUUCUCCAAAAAGUAACGAAGAUUACUAACUUAACUAUGUUAUUUUUAUUCGUCGAUUAUAAUACAGUGUAUAGGCUUACGAAGUGUUUUUCUGGUGGCUCUCGUAAAAUGAAGAUAAGGCGGACAAAACCGAGGUCGGUUUCAAUUAUGGUCGAAUAUCAAACAUCCCGUAUGUUGGCUUUGAUUGGUUUGAUAAAUUAUGAACCAAUUAGAACAGCUCUUCUACUGAACCAAUCACAGAGCUUCAUUCUCGAGAGCCAGUUGAAAACCGCUUUUAAAUCCUGUUAGAAAGUAGAGUUUAGAAAAGUAAUAUUUCGUAAAGUACUGCAAUUUUAUUUCUGCAAGACCACAUGACCAUGUAAGUUGCUUCAUUGACAGUUUAAUCAGAAUUAUUUUAGCAUAUUCGUUCGUUAAAUUUGAGCUACCAUUUGCUUUGUCAAAUUAACUUAUAUUUUAGUUACAUACCCUCGCCCCCUCCGGAAUUUGAUUUUCCUGGUCAACCUCCCCUUAGUUGGUCAAGAGAAAAUUACUGGGAGAGGUCCAAACUUGUUGCUGGUGUUUUCAAGCCAAGCUCUAUUUAGAAACAAGUUGAACAUGAUUCGUUGCUGAAGUAACACGUUUUAAAUCACAUAAUUAAGUUCUUUCGUGAUAUCUUUUAUUCAAUAUACUAUUUAUCGAUCUUCAUACUCCUAAUUUCGAAGAAAAUUUUCACUGUUCCUUAUAUUCACGACAAAGCAAGAAUUUAUGUAAGAUUUAACUUUAUAGUGUAGUGUCACUGUAGCGUUUUUGUAUCCUAGCCUUGCAAGUACGAUGCAAGGACAAGAAUGUUCGAGUGUUUUGAGACAAAACGUGUGAUUGUGGUAUCUGGUUUCAGAUUAUUUUUCCUGUCCAGUUGAUUACGGAAGCUCAGAAUUUGAUUUCACAUAAAUCAGAAAAGUUCGUCAUAUUUUGACUUUUUUGUACUGUUAAAAGUCGAGGAAAAUUCCUCGUCAAUGAAAAUAUUAUACUUCGUACUGUUGUUGAAUCUUCUAAUCAGGGUUGCUAAGAAGGCCAACUCGUUGUUUCUAUUAUAAAAAAACAAUCCAUUCACCAUUGUAAAUAAGUAAAGAAAUCUGAAUUACGAUGAUAAUAUUUUCCUUGAUUACUUAAACGAUGCCCUUAAAAAGCGUUUUUUAAACCUGGUCAAAUCGUUUCGGGAACGUAUUGUGAAACUUUUUUAACGAAGAUAAUCAAACAUUCUUAUUUAAAUGCCUUUCUUUUAAGAGGAUAAUCUCCAUAACUGUUGCGUUGAGGGUGUUAUGACAUCUGUAUUGUUUGCCGCGACAUUUUCUUCAGAUAAAUAAUUAUUUCUACAAGAGAUCGAGCCCGCGUUUAUUUUCAGUCAGUGCGGUUGCUAUGUCAUCAGCUCUACCCUAGCAUUUUGUCCUGCUGCGUGAUUGGGUUAUAUCGAAAAAUUGCUUCUUGUAUUUCACUAUUUUUUUUUCAUGUUAAGCUCUUUGAUAUGUAUUUAUCUUUUUAAUUACAGUCUUAGCACCCUCGACUGUGUAGUAAUUUAUCCAUAGAAUCGGUGGCGGACCAUUUUAUGUCCUUAGGGGUGAGGGAAGGUUGUGCAGUUAUUCUCACUAAUACCAUUUUUUGUUCACAUUAAUGUUUGGCAAUACUUUUUUUCCACUUAACGUGCUGUUAAAACGUUUUAGACCAGCAAAAGAUCCCAAAAGAAGCUCUGAUUUUCUUUAAUCGUCGGGUUGUUUAGGAUCUUUUACACCACUUUCCCUACGUAGGUGGUUUUUCGUCAAAUCCGCCCCACCGCCCCCCCGCCUCCUCCCAAGAAUGAAAUGGAAUGCCCCUGAACUACUCACAUGACUGUCUUCAGUACGAAUCUAAAAGAUACGCUAUAUUUGAGUACACAUAACAAGGUAGUCCCUGGUUCACAUUCAGUUAAAAGAAAUUUGCAUCACUUUCCCUACGUAGGUUGUUUUUCGUCAAAUACCCCCCCCCCCCCCCGCCUUCUCCUAAGAAUGAAAUGGAAUGCCCCUGAACUACUCACACGACUGUCUUCAGUACGAAUCUAAAAGAUACGCUAUAUUGAGUACACAUAACAAGGUAGUCUCUGGUUCACAUUCAGUUAAAAGAAAUUUGCACGCGUUGCGUGCCUAGAUUAACAAAUGAACUUAGAUUGUCGUCAUAUUAUCAUGGUCAACCCAUGUAAUUGUAAUCUUAGGUUUUAAGGUGCUCUAGAGGAAGCUACGUAAUCCAAUUUUUUCCUUCAUAGAGUUAGGCUCGUUUCCCCUACAUAGUGUUGAUGAAGUAAUGGUACAGUCCAAGUGGGAUUCGUAAACACAGUCAGCUCCCAUUUUAACUAACAGGGGCCGCGAUUGGUAUCCGUAACAAGAAGAGAGAGUCUUCAAUAGCGUGCAGAUAUUUUUGUUUCUGCAACUCUUCUUGAAUUCAGUUUGUCUGUAGAAGGAACGAUUCUGCAAUGCCGGAGUUGACUUUGUUUGAAUUGCCCACCAUUUACUGUGCUUCGAUAGCUAGUGUAUCGUGUAGUAUGUUAGCAAAGAUAGGAAAUUCAAAAAAGAAAAAAAAAAAAAAAGAAAAAUAUUACUUGUAACCGCGAUGAAAAUAUUGUUUCAAGACUGUACGUUUUUAAUAUGAAAGGUUCCUUCACUUUUACUUUGUUAAUUUGUUCAAACACCAUGGUGUUUUUUAAUAUAUACUGAAUGCAUCGAUCCUGUGUCAAUAUUUUUAUAACUGCGUCGAUAAUGAAGGAUUGUGUAUAUGUACACUUAUACAAAUAAAAGCAACAAAAAUGAAAAAA